CCUAUCUAUUAUAUUUCUUCGCAUCUUGACUUUUCAGCACAUUUGCCAAUUGCUCGCCGCCACCCAUCUUAUAUCCACCAAUAACCCUCUCUCUCUCUCUCUCUCUCUCUCUCUCUCUCUACAGUCUCCACCCAAUGGGCUCCCGCUCCUCGCUUCAGUCUUCCCCAAGCGUGGACGCCGACGUCGGCGCAGACACUGACGCCGGAGAGCAGCAACCACCACCACCACCAUGGCGAGAAAUAGUGGGCAGCAACGACUGGGACAACCUCCUCGACCCUCUCAACCUCAACCUCCGGCAGCUCAUCCUCCGCUGCGGCGACUUCUGCCAGGCCACCUACGACGCCUUCAACAACGACGCCAACUCCAAGUUCGCCGGCUCCAGCCGCUACGGCCGGAAGAGCUUCUUCCAAAAAGUCCUCCUCCAAGACGCCCAAAACUACCAAGUGUCCUGUUUCCUCUACGCCACGGCCAGAGUGAGCGUCCCUGAGGCGUUCCUCCUCCACUCCCUUGCCCGUGACGGCUCUUGGGACCGCGAAUCCAACUGGAUCGGCUACACCGCCGUCACCACCGACGAGUACUCUGUCUCCAUCGGCCGCCGGGAAAUCUACGUGGCGUUCCGCGGCACCAGCAGGAACUACGAGUGGGUCAACAUCCUCGGCGCCCAGCUCGAACCCGCCACCGAAUUGCUAGCCCCCGUCACCGUCACCGCCGCAACAACGCCGGAAAACGACGCGGCGUCGGCCACUUCCUCGAGCAGCGACGAGGACGAGGGGAGCAGCCCGAAAGUGAUGCUGGGUUGGCUGACGAUGUACACCUCCGACGACCCGAAUUCCCAAUUCACGAAACAGAGCGCCAGAUCGCAGCUCCUGGCCACCAUGAAACGCCUCCGGGAGAAGUACGCCGGCGAGGAGCUGAGCGUGAUUUUGACCGGGCACAGCCUGGGGGCUUGUUUGGCGAUCCUGGCCGCAUUCGACCUCGUCGAAAACAGAGUCGUGUCGGAAACCACGCCGGUGACGGCGAUCGUGUUCGGCAGCCCGCAGGUAGGAAACAGAGCAUUCGACGACAGAGUGAAAUCCCUCAGCAACCUGAAAAUCCUCCAUGUACGGAACAAAAUCGACCUCCUGACGCAUUACCCAGGGCCGCUUCUCGGAUAUGUGUCGACAUCGACGACCGAUCUGGUGAUCGACACCAGAAAAUCGCCGAGCUUGAAGGAGUCGAUGAAUACAGGGGACUGGCACAAUCUGCAGGGGAUGCUGCACGUGGUGGCGGGUUGGAACGGGGAAGAAGGGGAGUUCGAGCUGAAGGUGAAGAGGAGCUUGGCUCUGGUGAAUAAAUCGAGCGAGUUUCUGAAAGAAGAGUACUUGAUUCCUGGGUCGUGGUGGGUGGAGAAGAACAAAGGGAUGGUGUUGGAUGAGAAUGGCGAGUGGGGGUUGGCGCCUCCUGAUGAUGAAGAUCUUCCUGUUCCUCCUGAUGAAGAUGAGGAUUUGUGAUUGGUGUGAGAAUGGGUUUUUUUGAGUCUUGGUGUUUGUGGGAACAAAAGAGUGAGAGUUUCUGUGGUUUGAAGUGCUUGUUUGUGUGAUUGUGAUCAUGUUUGCAUACGCUAUGUUCCUCUAACUUUGUUCUUGAUAUUGGAGGCUAUCAGCAUUUGAAUAGAGGAAGUCUUUGUUGUCGAAGGUUCUGAUACAAUAUCGAAAUCAAAUUUACCUCGAUAACUACUUGAGAUAUCGAUAUGAUGUG